AGUGUGCGUGUGCUGACUUUCUCAGUCCUUGCAUGAGGUGAUGCACAUUAGUCUGUUCUGUGUCUUCCCACUGUGCCCAUGCUCUACUCUAGAACCCCUAAGAAGGCAGGAUGGAGGUCUCCACGUCUUGGCUGCCCUGAGCAUGGCUGUGUGACGUCCAUUGCUUACGAAGGUCUAACUUGCUUCUGACCUGUGUGUGGGGUGAUGCUGAUGCUGAUAGACAACAUGGUGACAUUUGGGAAGUUGUUUGAGGAGGCUCCCCACUACUGUCCUUAGGGAAACAGCUAUUCAACAGGCACAAAGUUCUCUCUUCUAUGAUGAGUUUUAGGCGGCAGACAGACACACAGACAGACGCCAUCAGUGCACUCUGGGGAAAGCAGUUCACCGGCUGUCAGCAGACUCCCGAAACGUUCAAGAACAGCCAUUCCUGCUGAGAGGAGAGUCCAGGUGAGGAAGCUCUAGAGGCCAGAGGACAGCAGGGACCCAGCUGGAGCCCCAGAAGCUCAGACACCAACAUCACAGGGUCUCUGUCCUGGGCUCUGGGGACACGUGUGUCCAGGAUUCUGCAGGGUGUCAGGAGAGACUGGACUUUGAGGUCAGGACGGGGCUCAUCUGCUUGCUGGAGCCUCGAGCUGUGAGAGCAGGUCCUUCCUGGGAGGGGCUCCCCCAGAGUCCCAGGCUGUGUCCUUGUCCCAGGUUGGGGAGGUCUGAGCCUGAGUGUGUGCAGAGACGGGGCCCCUGAGCUCAGAGACCCUGGUCCCUCCCCAUCUCCACCUUCACAGGGGACACUGAGUAGGGCCAGGAGAGGGCUUGUAGCCCACGAUGAAUACCACGGGCUUCUCUGCACUGGACCCUUCGGACUGGUAUUUUUCUUCAACAGCAGGAAAUACAUCAGAUAACAAUACAGACUUUGAUAGCUCAAGUUACUCUGAUGUAUAUAUUGACUGGGAUAUAUUCCAUCUGGUGAUGGUGCUCAUCUGCCUCCUUGGGUUGGUGGGGAAUGGGGCUGUCAUCUGGCUGCUGAGCUUCCGUGUGAAGAGGAACCCCUUCUCUGUCUACAUCCUCAACUUGGCCAUGGCUGACUUCACCUUCCUCAUAGGGAACAGUAUAUGGGCCGUAUAUUAUCUUUUACCUUAUGAUGUAUUAGAGUUUGAAGGUGUCCUAUAUUCAUUCUAUUUAUCAUCCAUUAUGGUAGAUCUGAGCCUGCUGAUGGCUGUCAGCACCGAGCGCUGCGUCUCUGUGCUCUGCCCCCUCUGGUAUAGAUGCCACCGCCCGGCCCAUCUCUCCUCCAUCCUGUGUGCCCUCAUCUGGGGGCUGGGCUCUUGUUUGUGGAUAUGCGAGAUUUUGUGUAAUUUCUUUUCUGACAUCGUUUGUAUUGAUGACAUGGGAUUUAAGGCUGUGGUGACCUUACUCACCUUCCUGGUGCUCUGUGUGUCCAGCCUGACUCUGCUCAUCCGGGUCCAGUGCAGCUCCAGGAAGAGGCAGCCCAGCAGGCUCUACCUGACCAUCCUGCUCAGCGUGCUGGCUUUCCUGCUGCUCGGGCUGCCUCAUAGUGUGUCUCUCUUUGUCUUCAGGUCAAAUAUAAUAUCACCAUAUGCUGAUAUUAUAGAUGUUAUGUCUAGACUCCUCCUGGUCCUGAACAGCGUGGUGAACCCCGUCAUCUACUUCUUUGUUGGGAGACUCAGGCAGCCAGGGGGCCGGAAGCCACUCUGGGAAGUGCUCCAGAGGGCACUGAUGGAUGAGGAGGAGGGAGCUGAGCAGGGCAGAGGGGUCCCUGUACCCAGUCAGGACAGCCUGUGCCCCUGA